AUGCUUGUUUCGUUAGCUACGCUCGCUACAGCUUCUGCAUUGCCUUUUGCAGCCAUCAAGCUGGUUCCUAAGCCUUUGUCUUUUGACUUCAGCAUUUCCCGAAACUUCGGCCCGGACUCGAAGUUUUGGAAUAUCGACUUUUUCCAGAAACUAGGCCUGCAACUCAUUGAAAAACGCUACGACUCCGCCCUGCUUUCAAACCACAACAAUGUCAACUACUGGCUCGACAUCUACUUGGGUCCUGAGAGUGAAAAAAUCACUGUUUCCUUGGACACCGGCCUGGCUGAUCUUUGGGUGUAUGGACCCAAUGUUCUGAGCACCACUGGUGGAACUUUUGAUCCGGAAGAGGCCGGCAGUACCCCGGUGAACAACUCAUUUUCCAUUGCUUACUUGGAUGGCACGAAUGCAAAGGGUGAGUACUUCCUUGACGAUUUCUCGUUUUCUCAGAUAGAGGGGCUUUUGAAAGAUCUCCAGUUUGCCGUGGUGGAAUCUGCCAAAUUCAGCGGACCAGGCAUUCUUGGUGUGGCAAGUAAGGCUGUGGAGUCUACUAAUGAGAAGUACGACAACUUGCCUGAGGCUUUGAAAGUGGCAGGUGUUACCCCAGAAGCCAGUUACUCCUUGUAUUUGGGCUCUGAGUCGGGCACAAUAAUCUUCGGUGGUAUUGACAAGAACAAGUACGAGGGAGAAUUGGUCAAGUACCCUAUUCCAAAGGGCGUGGAGGCUUUGUCUCUUGAUGUCGUUUCGCUGUCAAUCAAUGGAACCGACUACAAUGAAACAACCAGCUACCUUUUGGAUUCGGGCACUUCCUGGAAUUUGUGGCCUCAGCAGGUCUACAACGAUACCAUCGAGGCGUUGAGCGCUACCCCAGAAAAGGACUACUACGUUGCAGACUGCAACCAGCCUUCCGACAAGUACUUGGAGUUCAAUUUCGGCAAGAACGUGAUUAAAUUGUCUUACAAGGAUAUUUUGGUCAAAUGGGGCGAGACUUGUAUAGUGGGUGCCCAACCCAGUCAGAGAAAUUUCAUUCUUGGAGACGUCUUUUUGAGACAGGCGUAUGUGUACUAUGAUCUCACCAACAAGGAGAUUUCCGUGGCUCAGUUCAAGGAUUCAGUGACUUCCAACAUUGUUUCUGCUUAG